AUGGCAGCUUCCAAAGAGUCACCGGGUGGUGUAGUUGUUGCAAGGCUUAAUGGGGCUUGGGUUCCUCAGGUGCAUACACUGUUUGCAUUUGUGGCAUUCUUUUCUGCGCUCGUUGUUGCAUGUUGGACGGAUUAUCGUGCAAUUGUGAAGAACCAAUAUUGGGGAUAUCCGCAGGAAUGGUUUCCGAGUGUCAGUGCCACGACUGGUGAUCGAUAUCCUGCCCGUCCAAUAUUUCAGAUAUUCAUGGCAAUUAAUUCCGGCCCUCGUUUCCUGUUACUAUAUCUAUUUUACUUGCAUUCUAGUAGUAAUUCGAAUGGUGUGUUUCCAAAAGUUCAUGCGGUAGUUGGACUGCUGCGUACCUUAUCCUGUGGUGGAUGGGUAUAUAUAACUUCAUCCGAAGAUCACGGCACUCACGACAUUGCCAUGGUAUCAUAUCUCGUGCUUACCAUACCGUGGAUGUUGGGCGCAUUAGCAUUGUCACAAAACCCGAAAACGGGAAAGUGGAGGAAAAUAGUUGCAUGCGUGUUCUUUGGAUCACUGUUUCCGAUGGCCCACCAGUUUUAUCAACACAAGGCCAACCAAAUUGCUGGGGCUUACACAAAAUAUGCAUUAUUUGAAUGGGGGCUGAUAAUCUACGACGUCAUAUUCGACGCAAUUAGUUUAUAUGAUUUCAAUACGCUUGAGUUAGCUGUAAUUGAUGUCAAUCGCCAGUCUAGCAGAAAAGUUGUUGCAACCUCAUCCAUUGCCGAAAAGGCAACGGACGGCAAAACAAACAUUGAAGCCUUGUUGAAAGUUGGAGAUUUGAAUAAUCUAAGAGAGUUUGUCGUUGAUGUUUAUCUCGCAUUCGUUCACUGGUCAAUGCUCACAUCGCUAGCAGUAACUAUAUGGUAUUUUCCCCUCUGGCACAUGGGCCUCUCUGGAUAUGAAGUAGCAAUAUUAGUAACCUGUACAGCAGGAUUACUCGGAAUCCGCCCCGUCCGCAACGCCGUUCGAUCCUACAAAGGUUACAUUCAACUUGCAUCCCUCGUGGGGAUAGCUGCCUAUUUGGUAAAAGAUCCCGUCUCUCGUCUAUUGACAGUAACAUUCGGAUUGGCACUUAACGUUCUGGUGUGGACAUCGAAAUGGGUAGAAAACACAGACGACCCCGGACGACUAGAAAGAGAAUCACUUGUAUGGUUACUUGGCCUAAUCCUCAGCAACGUUGUCAAAAUGGCAUGGUGGGCACGCAACCCUAUAUGGCCUAUUAUGCACCCAGAGAAUGGUGGCGCCAAUGGAACAGGACUAUUUCUCGCCAUUCUUGCGUCUAUAGAAGCGAUACGAAGACACAAUAAAACACCACCACCAACAGAAAAGAUAAUCAGAUCUGAUAAAUGGUUUGCUUCGGCUGCUGGGUUUGGAACUUUGCUUUUCGCUUUUCAUUGUCUGCUUUCAGAUACAUCGACUAUUACUCGAUGGGUUUACAAAGGUUAUCCUGAUACCGGACCAAUGCCAGUGCCAUGGGGUGCAUUGACUAUUGUAGCAAUGUCUAUUGGUGUCGUUUUGUCAACUAGUCGUAAAUUCGUCACGGGACUGCCUUGGUACGCCGUUGCAUGUGUCGCUUGCGGAUGCAUGUAUUAUUUCCCCGGAUGGAAAGGAUACUAUGGUGGAUUUGUACUUGCUGUCUAUCUAGUGUCUGUUGCGCCUUCAUUCAUCCGUUCGGUAGCCUACUCUCCUCCUGGAAAGACAUUUUUAACGGCAAUGGUGAUUUAUACUAUUCUCUGUCUUGCAAAUAUUUGGACUGUUGCUUAUGCAUUUGUGCCUGCGGGUGAAUAUCUAAGAGAACAUACAGAUUACGUGCUAAUGAUGAUGAUGGGGCUGAUUGGCUUGGGAGUACAUGCUGCCGGAAGAAGCUAUUCGUUCAAACAUGCUCAUGUCAACGUAACGAGAUAUUCGCGAUAUUACACAAAGCUUUUUUUGGGUGUGUUGAUUGUAUUGUCGACAUUAAUAAUGCUUGUGCGCAUGCCUCGUGCACCGGUGCCUUAUCAUCCUGAAGACAAGUUGUUGACAGCCGGAAUAUGGACGAUACAUUUUGCUUUGGAUAACGAUAUGUGGGCAAGUGAAGUAAGGAUAAGAGAUGCUAUAAAAGAAUUGGAAUUGGAUGUUAUUGGCCUGCUCGAAUCUGAUCUUAGUUGGACAAUAAUGGGAAACCGUGAUCUUACUCAAUUCCUCGGUGAGGAACUUGACAUGUAUGCAGAUUACGGUCCUGGUCCAUCUAAACACACUUGGGGCUGUAGCAUGCUUUCCAAAUUUCCCAUCUUACGCUCCACCCAUCACCUACUUCCUUCACCCGUAGGCGAACUUGCAUGUGCAAUUCAUGCUACUCUUGACGUAUACGGUAAGGAGGUAGACGUAAUUGUGAGCCAUAAUGGCCAAGAAGAAGAUGUUCUCGAUCGCGAGUUGCAAACCAAGGAACUUGCAAGAAUUAUGAGAGAGAGUACAAACCCAUUCGUGUUUUUGGGAUACGUUGUCACUAAACCGCUAAAGGGGAAUUAUCUCAUCUUGAUGAAUGGUGGGAAUGUAAACGAUAUUGACAAUACUGAUGACGAUAGAUGGUGCGAGUACGUCGCUUACCGUGGGCUUAAGAGGACUGGCUAUGCGCGAGUAAGUCAUGGUGACAUAACCGAUACUGAAAUUCAGAUCGGUAAGUUCCAGGUGCUGGAUGCGUAUGAUAAUUCCACAUGGGCUGCAAGCUACAAACGAGUGACUGAGGAUAAAGUUUCGCCGGGUUUGAGAUUUCCGCCUCAGUUUAAAGGAAAGGGUGUUCGUGGUCAUCAUUAUCACGUAUUCGACGAACCAAGAUAUUACGAUUAG